UAUCAAGAGAGGUUGUAGUGCACCAACUAAUGUAAGGGCGAAGAAAAGUCUUUAUGUUAUAAGGUGCCCUUAAGGUCUUUAAAUGUACGGAUGGCGAUGUAUCUAUUCGCCAGUCGGCUGUCGUCGGCUGUAUGCGCCAGGAGAGCCACUGCUCCAGGUACGGCUCCCAGCUCCGCCGCCACCGGUACCGCUCUCCGGUGCUCCAACUGCAGCCGGCUCGCCACUCCAUCGCCGGUGCCUUCAACAUCAGGUUCCGCCACCAACUCGGAACUCAAGAAGGACAACUCCAAACCAUCUGAAGUCUCUGGGGAAUUGCGGGACUGUUCCAACAGAGACUCUCCAACCCCAAACUGUGCCAGAGAGAAUGAACCUCUACAACGAAACCACGUGACUAGGGCGUCUGUGGGUCCCUGUGACAGGAGCCACCGCUGUGACGGUAAAGUGCCUUCAGCCACAAAGCACCGCGUCCGAUUCGCCAACACAUUCCCCAGGAUCAACCGGAGAAAGAAGAUAUCAGAGUUGCAUGAAGACGGAGAAAUUCUUCUCCAAGAAGAAGAGAUGGAAGAAAGUCCUACCAAAGCGAGGAAAACAAAGGAUCUAAUAUACCGGGACAGCAACCUGGUGUCGGGGACCCUGGAGGCACUGAUACAGAGGCUGGUACCUACCCCUGACUACCGACCGGACCGUGCCUUCUUGUUUGCCUUCCUCCUGAGUUCUCGGAUGUUCAUCCGGCCUAACCAGCUACUUGGUCAGGUCAUCUUCUUGUGCACCUCCGCCCAUCGGCAUCGACAGCACUCCACGAACAAAAAUGAUAAACUUGAUUGCUCGAUUUCUCGGACAGUUCAACUGUUGGCGGAGUGGAUGGAGACAUUCCCUUACGACUUUCGGGAUGACCGAGUCAUGGCGCAUGUCCGGAACAUUAUCCGGAAAUGUGCAGACUGCAGCACUGAGGGGGUAUCGUCCAUCCUACAGACUCUACUGGACCGUCUUAUGGCGCUGGAGAGGUACGAGGAGUUCCUGCAGAGGCUGAAUUUGGAGCAAACAAACAUCAACUCGAAGAUCGACCUUAUGAGCCUCUGCUCAAAAUCGGACGUGCUCGCUCAGCAGCUAACUAUAAUCGAGUUGGAGAGGCUGUCAUACAUCGGCCCUGAGGAGUUCAUCCAGGCCUUCUCCAGCGACAGCCAGCGAGAAAACCGACCAGCCGCCCAACCUAAGAACCUGGAGGCUUACGUCACUUGGUCUAACAGACUGACUUACUUAGUGGCUACUGAGAUUGUCAAGCAAACCAAGAAAAACAAAAGGAUAAAAAUAGUGGAUCUUUGGUUGAACACGGCACAGUGCUGCUUCAACCUCGGCAACUUCAACUCUCUCAUGUCGAUCUUAUCUGGCCUCAACCUCUCAGCUGUUUCACGCCUGAAGCGAACUUGGACGAAGGUCGAUCGCCAGAAGUUCGUGAUGCUGGAGAAACAGAUGGAUGCAUCUGGAGACUUCUCCAACUACAGACUGAUACUCAAGACAGCCUCAAAGAGUUUCAACUCGUCGCCGGAGCAGAACUCAAGAAUCAUUAUACCCUUCUUCUCUCUGUUUCUGAAAGACGUUUUCGUUUUACAAGAGGCUUGUUCUCGGAAGUUACCCAAUGGCCACAUCAACUUUGAGAGAUUUUGGCAGAUGGCGAAGCUUGUGACAGAACUGAUCACGUGGCAACAGGUCGUGUGUCCCCACGUCAGGGACUCUACCCUUAGCCACUACUUGCAGUCAGUCCAGCUGUACGAUGAAACAGAACUUGCUCGUGCGUCCCUCACGUGCGAGGUACCGGUCAACAUGGCUGAGCAAGAGCAGUGGAACUCCUUAAAGAAUCCCAACGUUAACAAGAGGAAGAGCUGAAGGAAGAACGUACUUCUCAGAUAUUUAUAAAACUAAGAGUUAUAAUCGCUAUGGUUUCUUUUUUUAUAAAUAUAACUAGAAACAUGACUUUUUAUUAUAAGCUGUUAUUGAAAAUGACUAAAUAAUAGGUAGCUAAUUUUCGUAAAAAUCAUUGACUAAAACUUCUAAAUUUCAAUGUUCAAGGAAUGGUUCAAGACAUCCUGUGCCAAAUACUUUUGUACCUAAAAUUAAACAUUUUUAGUUGAAAUAUAUAAUUUGUCUGCACAUGUAAGGAGAUCGUAAUGUUUUAAAUGUGAAAUGUUUUGGUGUCCAUGUUUUGCCACGAAGAGGAAGGUGAACGGGACCUAAACUCCGUACCUACAAAUUUUCUGGGUUGAACUACAAUAUAAGGUAGCAGUAUUAUUGAUAUUGGAUAUGAUUAUUGAAACAGUUGUUUAUUACAUAACAGAUUAAGCACACGUUUAUUGAGUACAAGGUUAAGAUUUGGUUAAUGUAUGUAAUAUUACGGCUAGUUUUCUACAACAAACAACCAAGCCAAAUAGAUGUACGAACAUUUAAGAAAUUCAAAGUAUAGAAUAACAAAUAAAAUUGAUAAAAUGACAUGGUUAACAUAUGUAAGAUAUAAAUAUUACCGAUGUUGUAUUAGACUUACUAUUCUCUAAGUAAACUACUAUUUAACACUGAACUGAAUCUAUUUUAAUUUUAUAUUAAAAAUGCCAUAUUGAAUAAUGUACGACAUGUUGUAGGUAUGCAAUUUUAACGUGACAUAAUAUAUGUGUUAAUAGUCAAGAGUAUUUUUUGUAAUUUGAAUAAAGA